ACCAUUAAAAACAACGCAAAGUUAUAUUUCUAGUUUACAUCUACCUCUAUAAACCAUCAAUCGCAUUUGUUGGCCGUUGGCCAACAAUAUUACCUGUCAAGCUAAAUUCACUGAAUUCUUUAACUCAAAUUUGUGGAUUUAAAAAAUUGUGCCCGCAAAGGGCAGCGUGUCAGCAUAGGCACCUAUCCCGAAUUUUCGUUUUGACGAAAAAGCGACUUAGAAUCGUCAAAGUGGUCUGACUCGACCACGCUGUGAAGUCAUCACAGUGUAUAGUGCAUACGCUUUCAAACCACCAGUAACUGGUUGUUGGCAGUGUUGUUGCAAGCAAAAGUCAAAUCAUCUAUACUACAUAUAUCUUCUAAAGACUUGUAACAUUGUAAAUGUGCAGUGCUUAAAAUUUGUUUAAGACCUACGGUUUAAUAGAGCAUUGGUCAUGAGCAAGGACGUGGGGCAAUCGAGUCCAGCUUCCGCUCAGCAACCGGAAGAUCUAAAAUCGCAGCUAAAACAGAAGCAAGCCAUCCUCUACCGAUUGGUACUCUUCUGCAUUGCCUGCAGUCUUGCGGCCUGGUCGUUUUAUGCUCUAACUUUCUCGAAUCUGAACUGGAAAAUGCGACAGCUUCGCCACCAGCCCACCGCUUACUACCAUCAGACGUGGGACGAGUUAGCAUUUUACUCUGUAAACGAGCUAAACGCUAAACGCAGGGAGUUUUACGACAAAAGCACUAGGGAAGGGACCAGUUACACAGAGGAGGAACAGACAAAUAUCAAAGAGGCUAUGGGGGCUCUUCAAAUGGCACAGGAAAUGUACAGGGAGGGAAAGGAUAAUAAAGCUGUGCGUCUUUUUGAACAUGCUCUUGCGCUAUCUCCCCGAUUCCCUGAAGUUCUGCUUCGUUACGGCGAAUUCCUAGAGCACACACAGCGCAACAUUGUUCUGGCGGAUCAGUAUUACCAUCAGGCCUUGAUAAUCAACCCAAGCAACUCGGAGGCGCUAACUAAUUGUCAGCGCACUGCUGACGUGGUGCAUAAUCUUGAUAAGCGCCGUUUAAAGUCUCUAGAUUUCAAAAGUAAUGCCCUAUCUACUAUACAUGAGUCCAACGCCGCCCUUCGGCGGGCGAAAAAGGAAGCCUAUUUUCAGCACAUCUACCACUCAGUAGGCAUCGAGGGUAACACUUUGACACUGGCCCAGACGCGGUCUAUCUUAAAGACUCGAAUUGCUGUAGACGGCAAAUCUAUCGAUGAGCACAACGAGAUCUUAGGAAUGGAUCUGGCUAUGAAGUACAUUAAUGCUAUCCUUGUGCAAAAAUUAGAAAUCACUAUAAAAGACAUUCUUGAGCUGCACCGUCGAGUUUUAGGGCAUGUGGACCCAAUUGAAGGUGGCGAGUUACGGCGUAAUCAAGUGUAUGUGGGGGGUCAUAUACCGCCUGGCCCGGGGGAUAUAUCGCUGUUAAUGCAGCGCUUCCUGCGUUGGGUAAAUUCGGAACACAGUAGUUCAUUACAUCCUGUUAACUAUGCAGCCCUCGCACACUACAAGCUGGUCCACAUUCAUCCCUUCAUCGAUGGGAAUGGGCGUACUUCACGCUUGCUAAUGAAUACCCUAUUAAUGCGAGCAGGCUACCCACCUGUUAUCAUACCAAAGCAGCAGCGGAGCAAAUAUUACCAUUUCCUUAAAUUUGCCAACAAGGGCGACAUUCGACCCUUUAUGCGGUUUAUCGCAGAUUGCACGGAAAAGACGCUAGACAUGUAUUUAUGGGCUAUCAGUGACCUUCCUCAACAGAUUCCUAUGCUCAUUCAGACGGAAAGUGAAGACGGAGAACGCCUGGCUCAAAUUCAGUCUCUUCCUAACAAGGCUCAAAGGACAUCCAAAUUAGAAUUCUACGAAUCCGGGUCUGGAUCCCUACCAUGACCUAUCUAUAUUACUGAAUAUUAUCAUUUUUUUUUAUUUAUUCGUUUGUGGCUUUGUUCUGUUAAAUUGUGAAAAUUGAGAAAAUAAUGAUGAAACCCUGUGAUCAUA